GGAAAAGAAAAUGAGAUGUCCUUUUUGCAGAGAGACACUAUAAAUUCGUUCUUAACCAAACUCUCUUACUCUCACCCUAAAGAAAAACCCUAAUUCACUUUCCCCCGCCCUUCUCUUUCUCCCCCAUUUCCCUAAACAUGGCCGCAGCAGCAGCUCGACCCCUUGUCACCGUCCAACCCUUGGAUGGCGACAUGGCCACCGAUGCCCAACCAACUGUCCCACUUCCCGAUGUCAUGAAGGCCGCCAUUCGCCCUGACAUCGUCACAUUCGUCCACGACAACAUUUCCAAGAACUCCCGCCAGCCCUAUGCCGUCUCCCGCCGCGCCGGCCACCAAACCUCCGCCGAGUCCUGGGGAACCGGGCGUGCUGUCUCCCGUAUCCCCCGUGUUCCCGGCGGCGGAACUCACCGUGCUGGCCAGGGAGCCUUCGGAAACAUGUGCCGCGGCGGGCGCAUGUUCGCCCCUACCAAGAUCUGGCGCCGCUGGCACCGCAAGAUCAACGUCAACCAGAAGCGGUACGCCGUCGUUUCCGCCAUUGCGGCCUCUGCCAUUCCCUCACUAGUCGUCGCACGCGGCCACCGCAUUGACACCGUGCCGGAGCUCCCUCUCGUCGUCUCAGAUGCCGCGGAAGCCGUUGAAAAGACAAAGGAAGCGAUCAACGUCUUGAAAUCCAUCGGAGCUUAUUCCGACGCUGAGAAGGCAAAGGACAGCCACGCAAUUCGCCCUGGUAAGGGGAAAAUGCGUAACCGCCGAUACAUUUCAAGAAAGGGACCUCUGAUUGUGUACGGAACCGAAGGAGCUAAGGCUGUUAAGGCGUUCCGGAACAUUCCUGGCGUCGAAGUUGCGAACGUUGAGAGACUGAAUUUAUUGAAAUUGGCGCCUGGUGGACACCUUGGGAGGUUUGUAAUAUGGACUAAGUCGGCAUUCGAGAAGCUUGAUUCGAUUUAUGGUUCGUUUGAGAAGCCGUCUGAGAAGAAGAAGGGGUACUUGCUUCCUAGGGCGAAGAUGGUGAAUGCAGAUUUGGCUAGGAUUAUUAACUCUGAUGAGGUGCAGAGUGUUGUAAGGCCGAUCAAGAAGGAGGUUAAGAGGGCUACAUUGAAGAAGAACCCUCUGAAGAACCUGAAUGUCAUGUUGAGGUUGAACCCUUAUGCUAAGGCUGCUAAGAGGAUGGCACUUCUUGCUGAGGCGCAACGCGUUAAGGCCAAGAAGGAGAAGCUUGACCAGAAGAGGAAGACUGUUUCCAAGGAGGAAGCUUCUGCCAUCAGGGCCGCUGGAAAGGCAUGGUAUCAAACUAUGGUUUCAGAUUCUGAUUACACUGAAUUUGAUAACUUCUCUAAGUGGUUGGGUGUUUCACAGUGAGGUUUACCGAGAGUUACUUAGUUUCUUGUCUAGAUAUUUUGUUCUUGUACUCUGUUAUGAUAAAAAAGAUUUUUGGUUUUUAUUUUUGCGGGUUAGUUAUAUCAUAAUCUUAUGCAAAGACAAGAUCGAAUUUUUUUUGAA